AUGCGAAUUAUUGUUCAGCGUGUUUUAGCCGGUUCUGUGACUCACGUCGAGACGGGCAAAAUAGUUGGAGAAAUCAAAAAAGGUCUUCUUCUUUAUUUUGGUAUUAACGAGGCAGACGACGAGAAAGAUAUUGAUGGAGCAGUGAAAAAGGUGUUAAACCUCAAACUCUGGGACAGUGCCGACGGGACCAAGCGCUGGAACCGCAGUGUAGUCGACAUGGGAUAUGAGAUUCUUGUUGUUUCUCAAUUUACUCUCUACGCCAUUUUGAAUGGUACAAAACCUGACUUCCACAAGUCGAUGAAGGCAGACAAGUCACUUGCUUAUUUCAAUAAUGCAGUCCAACGAUUUAAAGACCUCUACGCACCAGACAAAAUUCAAACGGGUGCUUUUGGGGAGUAUAUGAAAGUCUGUGGCGAUGUCGAUGGUCCCGUUAACAUCAUUAUUGAUUACCCUAAAACAUCCGACCCAUCUCCUGUGCCUUCUCCACAACCCGACGACAAGCAGAAGAAACAACAGAACCCACCUAAACAACAAAAACAGAAACAACAGAAGAAAGCACCAGAGGCACAACACAUUGAACACAAAGAGGAGAAGAACUAA